AUGGAUGUAAACGAGCUUGGCCGGCAAACAAACGACAAGGGUGAGUCCUUGAAGGAGUUGCGCAAGAAGUUUGGCCAGGCGACCCUGUCGCUGGGUGACGUCACCACCGUACUCAUUGGACAGGAGGAUGGGACAUCGGCUGCGCGGUCGCCCAAAGACAAAGAGGUUGAGGACGACGACGACGAGUCCGAGGAAGAGAGUGAGCCUUCCGAGGAGGCAACGGGGCAUAGAAAUUGCGGAGGUCAGAGAGUUGCAUAA